ACUUCUUCUUAUUACCUAGAAUCCCAAAUCCCUCCUUUUCAGAGAAGCAGAGAGAGAGAGAGCCAUGGCCGGAGAAGAAGAAAACAGCGAGUUCUAUCUUCGGUACUACGUGGGGCACAAGGGGAAGUUCGGGCACGAGUUCUUGGAGUUCGAGUUUCGACCCGACGGGAAGCUCCGGUACGCCAACAACUCCAACUACAAGAACGACACCAUCAUCCGCAAGGAGGUCUACGUCACCCCCGCCGUCGUCAGAGAGUGCCGCCGUAUCAUUACUGAGAGCGAGAUCAUGAAAGAGGAUGAUCAGAACUGGCCGGAACCUGACCGUAUUGGGCGGCAGGAGCUUGAGAUUGUAAUGGGGAACGAGCAUAUCUCCUUCACUACUUCAAAGAUUGGAUCCCUUGUUGAUGUCCAGGGCAGUAAAGAUCCUGAAGGUCUUCGCAUCUUUUAUUAUCUUGUUCAGGAUCUGAAGUGCUUUGUGUUCUCUCUCAUCUCCCUCCACUUCAAGAUCAAGCCCAUAUAAGUUGACCACCAGAAGUAAUUGCAUUCCACCGUAGUGUAUGCGUUUAGAUAGAGUUGACUUUUUCUAUGUAGGCCAAAUCAUUUGACAGUUGCAAUUCUUUUCUAUUUAGAUUUGGAUGAUUAUGCGAGUGUUUGGUGAAUCCGGAAUGUAUGCAGAACAGAAUGCUACAGUCUGUUGCAAAAUGGUCCUGUUUUUCAGUGUUUGUGGUUGAGGUGGUUCAUUAUGUUUGUGUUGUUGACUAAUCAUAUCAGAUAUCUACGACAUUUUUGCUCUUUCUGAUGUACUUUCUGAUAUAAUUCAUAUGCUUGGUUGAAGC